AUGUGUAGCUUAAAUGUGACAUUUGUCAACAUUUCCUCCUUCUCCUCCCUCACCUCCCUCUCUCCUCCGCCAUCACUUCACCUCCCCUCCCUCACAUCUUUCACCUCCCUCUUUUCACCUCUCCCCUCUCCUCCCUCCCUCACCUUCCUUCCCUCACCUCCUACCUCCCUCUCCUCCCUCACCUCCCUCUCCUCCCUCACCUCUUUCUCUUCCCUCACCUCUGUCUCCUCACCGCCUUCUCCUCCCUCACCUCCCUCUCCUCACCUCCUUCUUCUCCCUCUCCUCACCUACUUCUCCUACGUCACCUCCCUCUCCUCACCUCCUUCUUCUCCCUCUCCUCACCUACUUCUCCUACGUCACCUCCCUCCUCCUCCCUUGCCUCCUUCUCUCUCUCUUCCCUCUCCUCACCUCCUUCUCCUCCCUCCACCUACCUCUCCUCACCUCCUUCUCCUCCCUCACCUCCCUCUCCUCACCUACUUCUCCUCUCCUCACCUCCUUCUCCUCCCUCUCCUCACCUCUUUCUCCUCCCUCUCCUCUCCUCACCUCCUUCUCCUCCCUCACCUCCCUCUCCCCACCUCCUUCUCUUCCCUCACCUACCACUCCUCACCUCCUUCUCCUCUCCUCCUUCUCUUCCCUCACCUACCACUCCUCACCUCCCUCUCCCCACCUCCUUCUCUUCCCUCACCUACCACUCCUCACCUCCUUCUCCUCUCCUCCUUCUCUUCCCUCACCUCCCUCUCCUCCUCUACCCUGCCACUCCUCUCCUCACCGCCCCAUCCUUACUUCCUUCUCCUUGCUCUCCUCCCUCAUCUGCCUUUGUGUAAGCGCGUCAGUCUGCGGCCAGUGGCGAGGCCGCGUUAUGACUCCAGACAGACGCCGCGCUCCGCCGCCGCUCCAUCAGCCCGCACUGUCACCUGCUGCCGCCAUCUGACCUUCUCCAUUUCUAAUUCUAUUAGAGCCGCGGCCCGAACGCGCUGCUCCCAUCAUGAAGCUGUAAUAGCGGCUCCACACCGUGACGGGUUCAACCUGCAGCUCUCUGAAUCCGCCCGAGCUUAA